CACAGUUGCUGUUAACAUGAUUUCAAUUAAGUUUCUCAUCUCCUUGAAAGUAUCUCUGGUUUUAGGAGCUGAUUGGUUUGGCACCUAGCCAGUGCCAAGCCGGUUCAUCGGAAGUUAGCGAGAAGGUUAAUUUCGAAGCUAGGUCUCAAACUCCUUCCUGCUAACUACAUAAAAACAUAACGUGGAAUGUGUACUUUACCAUUUUAGAAAAUAUACUUUUGAAACGUUGAAGGGUGUUGGUGAUGUCAGUGGACAGUACGAUCACUUGAGGAUAAAGUUAGCGUUUCCCUUUUCUCCUCCUGUCCUGGCGUCCACGGUUGCUCCGGCCUUGGCAGCCAUGGCCGACUCUACAGUGGUCAGCGACCAGCAGCCGCCCGGGGCCGGUCAGACUACUCCUUCCAGAGGACCGUACAUCGCGGUGAUCACAAACAGAAACACCAAUCUGGGGAUCCGCGGGUUCAUGCUGUUCUCUAUAGGAGUGUUCUUGGCUUUGGUGCUCAAUCUGCUGCAGGUACAGAGGAAUGUCACUCUGUUCCCCCCUGAUGUCAUCAGUAGCAUCUUCUCGUCAGCCUGGUGGGUGCCGCCCUGCUGUGGAACCGCCUCGGCAAUGAUCGGUCUGUUGUAUCCAUGCAUUGACAGUAGGCUCGGCGAGCCCCACAAGUUCAAGCGGGAGUGGUCCAGUGUGAUGCGCUGUGUGGCCGUGUUCGUUGGCAUCAACCAUGCCAGCGCUAAAGUGGACUUUGCGAACAACGUGCAGCUGUCCCUGACGCUGGCUGCCCUGUCCAUCGGCCUGUGGUGGACAUUUGACCGGUCUCGCUCCGGCUUUGGCCUGGGGGUGGUCAUCGCCCUGCUGGCCACUCUGUCCACUCAGCUCCUGGUCUACAACGGAGUCUUUCAGUAUACCUCUCCAGAUUUCCUGUACAUUCGCUCCUGGUUGCCUUGCAUCUUCUUCGCUGGUGUGAUAACCAUGGGGAACAUAGGACGGCAGCUAGCCCUGUAUGAAUGCAAACGUAUGUCAGGAAAGACUCAUCAAGACUAAAAGAACUUCUGGCUAUAUCAAACUGUUGCACAGAAUAUUUUUAAAAAUUGCAACAAAAAGCCAAAAGGAGGAUGUAAAAGGACAUCUGUAUGCAGCGUUGAUGGGGAUUGGUCAAUCAUGGCGGAGGCGGAGCAGUCAUGCACAAUUAUGUGCUUCUGUUUUGCUGAGUGCUGUAGGACAAGACUGUUUCGAUUGGUUGAUUCCUUUGUGCCUCUUUAGGGCCGAGGUGGACGGACAACAGAUAGCUUUAUUAUAAGCAUUCAAUGGCUGGCCUAAUGAGAGGAAUAACAAGAAUUGCCGAUGGUGUGUGUGUGUGUGUGUGUGUGUGUGUGUGUGUGUGUGUGUGUGUG